CGCGUCACGAUGUAAAUUCAAUGCAACCUCUGGGGACUGCUCAUUGCAGGCACCGGCUGCACAGAGGUAAGGGUGCAGCAAUACAUGUCCUCAGUUCAUCAGAAGUGCUGAUUGUUUACUAUAACUGACCAGACACUCGCACAAAACCGAAAAAGAGGAAUCAGUGAGGAUUAUUUUAUGAAAACAGCAGUUCAUCAAAGGAACUUCUUGGUCUCAUUAACAGGAUUCUUCUGUUUUCCAGAGUGAAAAUGGCUGAUUAUCAAGUGACCGUGUCCACUUCCUAUCUGGAUGAUGCCGGCACCUGUGACCACGUCUUCAUUAAGCUGGUGGGAGAGGAUGGUAAGAGUGAACGCACGAGGCUCAUGGACUCCAAGGAAGAGCCAUCCUUCAUCAGAGGAACAGUGUCUACUUUUACCGUGUCCUGCCCUGUCUCCAUUGGAAAGCUGGUCACGAUAAAGCUAGACAAACAGCCUUCCCAAAAUCCAGACAAGUGGUUUCCCACCAAGGUGGAAGUGAAAUCCCCCGAGGGAGACACCUUCAAGUUUCUCAUCUGCCAAUGGAUCACUGACAGUGAGGUGUACCGCUUCAGAGAGGGAAGAGAGCCAGACAAACAGCUGUUCCAAAAUCCAGACAUUGGGUUCUCUACCCCUGCAGGAGACACCUACAACUUUUCCAUCUACACUGACAGGGAGGUGCACCGCUUCAGAAAGGGAAGAGGAGACACCUACAACUUUUCCAUCUACUGCCGGAGCGCUGACAGUGAAGUGCACCGCUUCAGAGAGGGAACAGUACCUACUGAAAUUCUGCCUCUUGACUAUCAUUUUGGAUGGGAACCGGACAGGAAGCAGCAAGGGAAAGACUAUCGCUGGUAUGAGCAUAUAAAGGGAAUACCCCACUGCAUGAAGGCAGAAAACCUCUCUGAUCUGCCUUCUGAGGUCCAGUUCUCCUUCAUCAAGAAGGCAGAGUUUAGGUUAACUGCAGCUGUUGGGCUGGCUGAGCUGUACCUGAAAGGUCUGGCUGAUUCCAGAGAGAACUGGUGUGAUAUUGAUGAUAUCAAGGGGGUGUUUUGGUGCAAACGGACUGACAUAUCAGACUAUGUCCAGAAACACUGGAAGGAGGACGCUCUUUUUGCCUACCAGUUUCUAAAUGGCGUCAACCCCAUGUUGAUCCGACGCUGUUCAGCUCUGCCUGAUAACUUUCCUGUCACUGACGACAUGGUCUUCCCCAGUGGUCAGUUCAGCUUGGAAAAUGAAAUGGAGAAAGGCAACAUAUUCCUGUGUGACUACAAGCGUUUGGAUGGACUGAAAGCAAACACCAUCCAUGGGAAGCAGCAGUACUUGAUGGCUCCCCUCGUCCUGCUCCACAAAACACCUGAUAACAAGCUGAUGCCAGUUGCUAUUCAGCUGAAGCAGACUCCAGCAGAAGACAACCCCAUCUUCCUCCCUACUGAUUCUGAGUACGACUGGUUGACGGCCAAGAUCUUUGUGAGAAGUGCAGAUUUCAACGAGCAAGAACUCAAUGUCCACCUGCUGCGCACUCAUCUGCUGGCUGAAGUGUUUGCAGUGUCACUGCUGCGCAAUGUGCCCAGGACACAUUCACUGUUCAAGGUCCUUGUACCUCACACUCGAUACACUCUGCAUAUCAACUUCUUGGCGAGAGCUAAACUAAUUUCUAAAACUGGAGUUUUCACAAAGUUUGCAGCCUCUGGUGGAGAGGGUAUGGUGACACUGAUGCAGAAAUCACUGUCCUCAGUGACCUACAGCUCCCUCUGCAUACCAGAGGACAUCGCUGAGCGUGGGCUGGAGGACGUGCCGAACUUCUACUACAGGGAUGAUGGACUCAAGCUUUGGGAUAUCAUCCACAGGUAUGUGCAGGGAGUGCUCAGCUUCUACUACAAGCAUGAUGAUGAGGUCCAGAAAGAUGACGACCUGCAGAAGUGGAUUGGGGACAUUUUUGACCACGGAUUCCUUUCCCAAGAAGGCACAGGAAUUCCACAGAGCUUUACCACCGUGAAAGAGUUGGUCAAGUUUGUCACCAUGGUGAUCUUCACUUGCUCAGCACAACACUCUGCUGUGAACGCUGGACAGUAUGACUAUGGAGGCUGGAUGCCCAACACUCCCAUCUCCCUGCAGCUUCCUCCACCAAAAACAAAGGGGACAACAAGCAAGGCCACGAUGCUGCAGACAUUACCUGACAUGGGCACAACGGCUAAUGGAAUGGCUGUCAUGUGGUUACUCAGCAAACCAUCCUAUGACUUUGUCGCUCUUGGCAAGUCUCUGGAGGACCAUCACAGUGAGGAGAUUCCCUCCCAAUAUGUAAAGGCUUUUCAAGGAGAGCUUCAAACAUUAAGCGCACGCAUCAAAAUCAGAAACAAGAGUUUGAAGAUCCCAUACACAUACCUGGAUCCAGAGAACAUAGAAAAUAGUGUGGCCAUUUGAAUAUCAGAAGGCGUGACCCUCUCAGCUGUUUCAGCCAAAUACAACUUCAUAUUCACAAAAGUGAUAAAGGGAAAAUCUGCAUGCUCUGUUUUAACUGAUACUAUGGUGGAAGGAAGCUACUGCAUGUGAUCAUUUUAUAUUGAUCUGUGAUUUUUAUAUAACCUAAUUGAUUUAACUGUGGGGAAAAUGUGGUUUUAAAUCAUAAUCUACAUCUUAAAUCUUCUUAGUCUCUCAAUGAUUAUCUCUCAAAAUCAGUUACUGUGGGGAAAAAUAUUAUUUUGCUUUAAGAUUGUAACACUUUAGAAGUAAACUGUGCCUUAUGACUCAUUGUCAUAAUGAAGUAUAAAUAAAUGUAGAUACCUACAUUUAUUUAUACUUCAUUAUGAAGUAUAAAUAAAUGUAGGUACCUAUGUUUUGCUUGAUUUACUGCAUGCUCUGUAUCUGUAUGUUAGAAAAAUACGCGAGUACUAGAGGACACUCAGAACAAAGUCUGCUCAGUUUCAUAGAGGUCAUGAAGUUCCUGUAACAACAGAAAGAGACAGUGCUUCACUGAUCCUGUGUUCCAUGAGGGAGGUGCUUCUUUCUGUCCUUGUCCUUGUUUUACACUUUUUAUAAAAAGAAUUUCCCUCAGUUACAAAAGUUAAAUACAAAACGUCAAGCUUGUGUACUGAGAAAUUAAACACAUGUAUUGUCCACAAACAAAAUGUGACAGUUUGCACUUGUCUGCAUUAACUUCAUGUGCUAUAGAAGAGUAAACAAACAACAACAUAACAAUUUAAAAAGUAAUUUGGCUGAUUUGUCAUUGGAUGUCACUAAGGUCAACUGUACACUGUGACUAAACUU